GCAAGAUGGGCGCAAGUAUUUCGACGGUUCUCAGGAUAGGAAGAAAGGUGUACAUACGCUGCUGACCGAGCUGAAAAAUGGACUUACUGAAGGUGUUGAAUCUGUUUUUACAAAGGGUUUUGAGGAAAUCAAAAACAACGUUGAAAGGUUGAAAAGCGGUCAUAUUUUGGAUGUUUUGGAGAAACUCAACAGCCUCUGCGAUGCUGUUAAAAAUUCAAGCGAGUUUCUCACAGGGAAUUUGGGUACACUGAAAAAUGAUGUCUUCGACCGCAAGCUAAAAAACUUAAUGCAUGAUCUUCGUGAGCUACAACAAACAAAGUUGGCUCCCUUGAUUGACGAAGCGCAAAGAAUCAGAAAUUCCCUAAACUCACAAUGCAAGCAAUGUAUUUGGGACAUCGAAAUGUUUGUGUCUCAAGAAGUUAACAGAAGUACUAAAGCAAUCCAAAAUGAAGCCCGAAAGCAGUAUAACGCCAAAAUCAGCGAUGUGUUUGAGAAGUUAAAAGCGAUAGUGCAUUACAAAACUGAGGAGAUUAAGAUCGUAAUUGAAAAAGAUAAAAAAACGGGUGUUAAAGGUUUUUUGAGGACGAUAUAUGGAAUCAAGGUGACUGUAAUAACAUUUGCGCUUCCAGAAUUUCAGACGUCGGCGUCAUUGCUUGCACCACUAAAACAAGCAUUCACUAUUAAAAUAUUCAAGGACCUGUCAUCCAAAUUCCAUGCCUACGUAACAAACAUUUUACCGUACAUUGAAGACGAAAUAAAAAUUCCGCCACAGCCUAGGAGUGCGGCAGCCAUAUUUGCUGACACUGAUGAAUCCAAAAAUGUAAAAAAAAUUAAUGAAGAUCUUAACAACUUACUUACUAAUUUAAUUGAUGCAAAACAGUCUAAAAACUAUAAUUACGAUCACCAAUUCACCUCCCUCCUCUCCACCCUCUCCUCCUCCCUCACCUCUCUCCACCCCUCCGCCUUCGCCAACCCCCGGCACCCGGAGCUGCUCGAUGCGGUCAGAGCGGGGCUGCAGGGGUUUGUCGAGCAGAUGGAGCGGGUGUAUGUGAGUAGGUAUGAGGGGUAUGAGGAGAAGGUGAAUAUGGGUAAAUUGGUCUCAAAUGAGGAUGGUAAAGGUGAAAAAUUGACGGAUGCCGGAAGAAAUUUGUCGAAGGUAUUUUUGACGAUUUUGGUGACUCUGAAAGCCGGGUUAGACGAGUUAAAGCAGAAUGCUCCAAACGCCUGGAGAGGAAGACAAAUUUAUUUGCAAGACAGUAACGAAGAUGAAAACUCAUUUGGUCAAUUUUUGAACAAAUGCGGUUACAAAGUUUCCAAGUCGCAUGAUUCCCAUGAAGGUCACCUGAGGAAUAAGACGGGGUGCACGGGUCAAUAUAUCCACGACGAUCUUCUUGUAGGCGAUAAGCAGCAUAUUUAUCACUCCGAUAAAAAUGCCAAACGUGCACUCGAGAUACUUUUCGACUAUUUGGAGACAUACAACGACUUGUGCCAUCUCUCAACAUUCACCUCCAAGAGACAGCCAUGCUCCGUGUACGAGAUGCUCGCUUGGCUCUCGGGACUAACGCACAAUCCGGUACAUCAAAGUAAGCUAAGUGUAGCCAUCAUGAACGUUUUGGAAGAGCUAUAUAAAAGAGGUAGAGAAGAUGAGGGAGAACAUGGCGACGUAUUAGCAGUAGAACGACAGGCAGACGGAGGGGAGUUCAAGGUGUCAUUGGUUGAUGCACGCUCCGUAUCCCUGGAAGCCUACCCACGUGACGUAUCAUAUGAUGAACUGUGGGCAGCCGUGACGCAUAUAUGUUCGACUUCAUAUGACGUCCUUUGCGCAAUUGCCGGUCACGGCGACGAAUUCACGACAUACGCUGUAGACUAUUCCAACAAUUACAUGAAUUUCAAUUACCCCCAAAACGGGGAAGACUGCCUCGAUAUGCUCCUAGACAUCCUUCGUCGAAUGUUGCCAACAUUACAAUAUUUGUAUAGUCAGUGCAAGCUCAGCAAUGGGCUCAACGGCUGGCAAUCGUGCAAGUACGGCAAGGGAAUCAUGACAGCCAAAUGGCCAUGCAAAGUUCAUCCAUCCGACGAACCAGAUGAUGAAUCAAACUGCCAAGCAAAGUGUAAACCAACGUGCCAAGCAAAGUGCGAAGUAACGUGCCAAGUAGAUUGCCAACCAACAUCGCCAUUGAUGAGUUACCUGAACGAUUGCUUGCCGGGUCAUUUACCUCAUCAACUUACUAAAAUUGGCUGUAAGUACGAGUGUGCCAAUUGCUCAACUUCUAAAAAAAGUAAGCCUUGCCUAACGCCUCUUGGAUUCAAAGGUUUCUCCGGACCCACACGUAUGGGUAAGGACAUAUGUGAAGUGCUGACCAAAUUCAUCAACAUCAAGCAUCUUACGGGUCUAUUCACGCUUAUUCCUAAGCCGCCUUCAACGUUGCCGGAGCACUUCGGUUUUACGUUGGCGCUGGCGAAUGGUAUUAAUGCAACAUCUAGACCGUAUAAUUACGACUCUCAUGCGCUUCGAGACACGUUUGCCGCAUCCAUCUACGAGCAAACUAUUAACCUCUGUACUGACCAAUCCACAGUAACCAAAGCGUUAACAGACGCAUAUGGUUCGCCGAAUCCCGAGCAUGGCAAAUGUGAAUAUGCGCACCUCAAGAAUCUUACAACUUCACAUAGCUGCAAAGGGAAAAUCAAUUUGGAACUCGAAUGCGCUCCGUACCUUGCCAAUUUAUCUGUCGACUGUUAUCGAUACCUCGGCAAAAAGCAUUCAAAUCUUUACCUGUCAUGGGCUGUAUACCUCCCGUGGAACUUUUGGAUGUACCUUAAAGAUCUGUAUGACGCAUUCUGUAACAUAUACUGUCAAGACUGGGGCUGUCGUGGUUGCUUAAGAGGAGACAAGUGCAAACGUGGAGCACAUGGAUCAAUAAGUGACGCCUCCAAACAACCUAAUUGUCAAUGCCACUCUAUUGUUGACUGCAGAGGCGUAGCUCCAACGUUGUACAGUUAUGGGUUCUCCUUCGGUGACCCAUCUAAAUUGCAAAACGAGAAUUAUCCGAACACAUGUGCCGAUUUCUGCAAGCAAUUGAAAAAUGUAUUGAAGUCGGACUACUUCACAAAAUUAUUUGAAGAGUGUGACAAAUUCCUCUUCACCAUCCGCGCCCCCUUCAUCUGGCUCAACGUCGCCCUCUGGCUCCUCUCUUUGUUGUACCUCAUCCACAUCAUGGUCAUCCGCCUCGAUCUCCUCCACAUCAAAUCGCAUUUGCAUAGUCCGUCGAGUCAUAGGAUUGCUGCUCAAUCGCUACUUGCUGCUGCGCGUGUUAACAAGCUUAACAGAGUGUUUUACCUGCAACCAUAA